AUGCCCACAAGCAUGCAGCCGGAGUCUCCAGUUCAGGACCAGGUACAACCUGAGGUUGCUCCUGCAUCGACUGGACAGAAGCGCUCCCUUGAUGAGGCUUCUGAAGAUGAACCUGCGCUGGAUCAACAAAAUGCACCUACAUCUUCAGGUCACGCAUCGCCAGCUCCAAAGAAAAUAAGGCUGAGCGAACCAGGAAUUGGUCAGUCCGACGAUCAGAAGGAGGCUGCCAUACCUGCAUCGCCCGGCUCACCUGACCCUGAGCCAACCGAAACAUCCAACAUGGACACCGGUGGUGAUGGUGAUGACGAUGGCGAGGACGCGGAUUCGGAUGAUGACGAUGACGAUGAAGCGGCCAAGGUUGAAGAUUCUGCGCAAGGUGACGGUGGAGCAGUGACCGCUGCAGGCCCCCGCGAUUGGAACAGCGCCUCUCACAAAGUUGUUAGGACAUCUUUUGGGGCCGCUUUGCCAGCUCUCAAAACACGCGCUGUCUUGAACCGUAUAACCGCGAGCUCAGCGGAUAGAAAGAGCCCAAAGGACAUCCAAACUAAGACCAAUGUCGAUGCUGAUACUACAAAUGACAAGGCUGGCGUCGAGUCUGCCGUUAGCAGUGGUGAUGCCGUGGCCGCCGGCAAGUCCAGGUCGAGGUCCAAGUCCAAGUCCAGAUCCAGGUCUGGGAGUGAGGCGCCGGACCGAUCCACAAUGCGUCGCAAAAGCAUUGAUUGGAAGCUGCCGGAGCUCCAGCUGGAGGUUCAAGGCGGCCGAAAGAAGCAGUUCCUUGCCUGGUGCCAGGAGUUCUGCUCGGCUAAUGAACCCAACGCGGCAAAGGCGGAUGCCAGACUCUUGCGUCGCGGUUACCUGAUCCGCCUGGAGGCCACUUCCAUACCGGAGCAGGUUCGUAAGGAAAGCAAGAAGGCUGCUAGGAAUACAGAGUCUUCACAGAUGGACAAGAUCAUCUCGGGCUUUGUUGGUAAUGCCGAGGAAUCCUGCGAGCUUUCCGAGGGAGAGAUUAUGUCCGAAUCGGAACCAGCCGAGAGGUCAGAGAACAAACCGUCCAAUACCCUACACAAGGAGUUGGAACAACUACUACCGGUGUCUGGUGGGAGCGGCAAAGUACAACUAUCUCGAGAGGAAGAGCUGGAGCAGCUUCGCCUCUACUUCCCCCGUGCGUCCAAGACGGAUUUCUGCGUCAUCUGCGCCAAAAACGGCCACCGCGCAAACGACUGCCCGCCACCCACAUGCAGACACUGCCAGGACCAAGGCCACACCUCAGCCCAGUGCCCGACGAGGGUGCGGUGUACCAAGUGCCAACGCCUAGGCCACAUAAAAAAAUCCUGUCCCGAGAAGCUAGCCUCGGCCGCCGGCGAGGCAGAGCUCGAGUGUGCCGUCUGCUGCGCCACCGACCACCUCGAGGACGAUUGCGAGUCCCUGUGGUGCACCUACUACCCGGACCCUGAAAACAUCGUCAAGGUUCAGUCCAUACCGGCCUUUUGUUACUCGUGCGGCGCAGAUAACCACUUUGGCGGCGACUGCGGCCUCUACAACAUUUCGACCCACUCCAAGGACGACACCUGGACCGUUGCGAACCGGGACCGAUACGUCGACCCAGACACGGACGUCCUGCCCGUGUCCUGGGUGCCCCCGCCGCCUCCCGACCCCGAGAGGCCCGACUUCGGCGGCAGGAGCAUCGUGCCGCAGAGGAACCACAUCUACUUUGAGAGCGACGACGAGGAGGAGGGCGAGUUCAUCCAGCCACCCGUCCGGAGCCGCCCACCGCCGCCCGGCCGCCAGCAGAUCAGGAUCAACGGCCAGGCCGGUGCGUCAGCUGCCAACGGGACCAGCAGCAGCCGACAUCGUGAGUCGAGGAACCAGAGGAUGAACGAUGGUGGCAGCGGCGGGGGAGGACGAAGCGGUCGCAAUCCGCCCCUGCCCCCUGGCCCGCCACCGUCGUCUCUGCCAGCCAGGCCGCCCGGAGGGGCGUCGGGCGGAAGUGAUUCCCGGGGCGGCGCAGGGGGCGGACGGAGGGGCAGGGGAGGGUUCAGCAGAGUGAGGGGUGGCCAUAGAUAG